AUGCUGCUGUAUGCAUUUCAGAAAUCUAAAGCUGCUCUAACAGCAGACGACAAUGUGUACGUGAUACUCGCCUUGAUAGUGUCUUUGGUUGCCAUUAGCGUUGGCUUGUUAUGGACUGCGCCGGGCUUUACGACGCGGCGCCAACUGCGACAUCUGCAUCGCGUCAAGUCCUCGAAAAGGAACAUGGAUGAUCAACAUGACGCAAAAUACGCUGCACCAGAAGAAAGUCCUGCACACGGCCCAGUGCGCGUCAAGGCCAUCUUUAUCCAUCCCGUGAAAUCGUGCGGUCCUGUCGAACUAGACAGGGCCGUCGUCACAAAAGCCGGGCUUUUGCAUGACAGAUGCUUUUCCUUUGCCGUGGACUCGGAUGAGAAGAAAUCAGACGAUGCGCCUACGCUGCAGUUCAUCAGUCAGCGCACAAAGCCUAAAAUGUCACUCAUCCAAACUGAGCUGUGGCUUCCACACGAAACGAGCAGCAGCCUGGACCCGUUGGUUCAUGCCGGCGGCGCCGUGCGCCUAACAUUUCCGGAUCCCGAUAUCCCCAGCUUUAGACAACGUCUUCAGGCCUGCCUUGAACAGAUGCGAUGGAAUGCGACGCCUCAGUAUUCUUUCAUUGUCCCCUUGACACCGACCAUCAGGUACUUGCGCGAGUCGGACCUAAAGCCCAGGCCGUUUACGAUACACUCCCGCGAGGCCCAGGGGAUAGACAUGGGCCGUAUUACCGCAGUGGCCGCUGCUAUCCCCAAGUUGAAGAAACUACUUGGCUAUCCUGACCGCCGCACACUGACCCUGUUCAAGUGCACGCCGGAUACACUGUCACGCACCGACAAGAAUCUCGCGCCGCUUGCCAACAUUGGCUCCCGCGCUGUCCACGGCUACACCGACCAGCAACCCAUCAACAUCAACAGCGUGCCGUCUGUGCAGGCCGUGUCCCAGAUGCUGCCCCCAGAAAACCAGCCGCUCAACGGCUUGCGAUUCCGCGCCAAUCUAUGGAUUACCGGCGCGGCCGCCUACGACGAGGAAUCCUGGAAACGGUGCCGCAUCGUGCCAAAGGCGCCGCGCGUGCACAGGCAGGACAGCAAGUUGGCGACGACGCUGUCGGUUGUCUGUCGCACCUCGCGAUGCACCAUGCCAAACGUCGAUCCAGCCAAGGGCACAUUCUCAGCGCAGCGACCGGCCGAGGGCAAAAAAAAGGGGCUCCCGCAGCCGACGACGACGCUGGUGGAAUACCGCACGCCGGAGAAUGGAAACAAGGCGGCGCUUGGAUAUCUGGGCAUGCAUGCUGUUCCUGAAGACAGGGACCUGGAUGCUGCGCGCGAGCAGCGAGCGAAUCUCGUGGUUUGUGUCGGAGACGAGAUUGAAGUGCUGGAGCGCGGGAACCAUCUAUAUGGCUCUACUGCAGAUUUGUACUAA